AUGACAAUAGAAAGUAUUACUAUUAUAGGAGCUGGAUCUAUUGGCGGAACAGUAGCAUUUGGAUUACUUGCAAAUGAGGAUCGGUUCCACAUCAAGGAAAUAUUAUUUGUAGAUAUGAGCACAGAUAUUACUCAGGCACAAGUGAUUGAUUUAUCAGAUGGUUCACUUGGGGAAACAAUAAUACGUGGAGCUACUUUUAAAGAAGCAGGAAGAAGUGACUUGAUUAUAUUAGCUGCCAAUACACCACUUAUUGAAGAAGAAUCCAAAAGAAAGUGGUUAUUAAGAAGCCAAAGAUUUAUUGAUGGUAUUGUGGCAUCCAUGUUACCUAUACAACUUGAAGCAUUUAUCAUAGUAGCAGUAGAACCAGUGGAAAUGUUUGUUAAUCAAUUACGAAAGACAACAUCACUUAAAUCAGAACGUAUUAUGGGAGUAGGACAUACUUCUAUAUGUAAUCGUCGAUUUCAAAAAUGGUUUAAACAAUGUGAAAAAGGAAUGAAUGGAAAUAACUUUAAUCCAUGGGUUAUUGGUACAGCUAAAUUUCCAUUAAUUAUUUGGCCACAAGCAGAAGGAGAGAAACAAAAAGAGAUAUUAGAAGAAAUAAAAAGAAAUUGGGUAGGUGCAAUCAUGUUUCAUUCUACUUUAAUCAAAGAUAAAAAAGGAGAUGCUUGGUUUGGUACAAGUGCUUCUGUUAUAGAAUUAGUUAAAAUACUUUUAGGAUCUGAUCCUAAUCAUACUAUAACAACUAUAGUAUGUACUUUUCAUCCUUCUCUUGAUAUAUGUACUUCUUUUCCUGUUACUAUUAAUAAUCAAGGAAUAACAUCUGUAUUAGAAAUUAAUCUUUCGGAUACUGAACAAAAUACUCUUAUAUCUACUACAUCAGAAUACUAUACAGCUUAA